CUCUCCCAAAUUUGUUUAAGUUAGAUCCGAACCUAAUAAUUUCUACUCGUGCUGCUACCGGAAGAAUCAUAAAACCCAACUGCCCUUUCCUACCGAAAUCCUGUUCCCACGCCCCGCGUCAAAGUUCCACCCCCGCUGCGAUCCCCGAAGCUGAUCGAAUCCCAUCUUCUAGACCUCGCCGGAGUCGAUCACCGCUGAAUUCCGGCCAUGAUGAUGCUUGUAGACUGCUCUGGUUGCCGGACGCCUCUUCAGCUCCCGCCCGGGGCUAAAUCAAUCCGCUGCGCCAUAUGCCGUACCGUCACCCAAAUCGCCGAUCCCCGCAGCCUACCCCCGCCAUCCCAAAGCAGCCAUCCCUCCGCAUCUCCGCCGCCGCAUCGCCCCCCUCCGCCGCCGCAAUCCAUCGUUCCGCCAUCGCCUCACGGCCGGAAGCGGGCGGUGAUCGUCGGGAUCUCGUAUCGGUACUCCCGGCACGAGCUCAAGGGUUGCAUAAACGAUGCCAACUGCAUGAAGUAUCUCCUUAUUAACCGAUUCCACUUCCCCGAGUCCUCCAUCAUCGAACUCACAGAAGAUCAAACCGAUCCGUACAAAAUUCCGACCAAACACAACAUAAGGAUGGCGUUGUACUGGCUUGUACAGGGUUGUCAACCUGGGGACUCCUUGGUGUUUCACUACUCAGGGCAUGGAUCACAGCAGAGAAAUUAUAACGGAGAUGAGGCUGAUGGAUAUGAUGAAACUAUUUGUCCUCUGGACUUUGAAACUCAGGGGAUGAUUGUUGAUGAUGAGAUAAACGCCACUAUUGUUAGGCCACUCCCUCAUGGUGUUAGGCUUCAUGCCAUAAUAGAUGCCUGUCAUAGUGGAACGGUCCUUGAUCUUCCAUUCCUUUGCAGAAUGAACAGAACCGGACAAUAUGUGUGGGAAGACCAUCGUCCAAGAUCUGGCAUCUGGAAAGGUACAAGUGGUGGGGAAGCAAUCUCCUUCAGUGGCUGUGAUGAUGAUCAAACAUCCGCUGAUACUUCAGCUCUUUCAAAAGUCACUUCAACAGGUGCAAUGACAUACUGCUUCAUCCAAGCCAUCGAGAGGGGACAUGGGUCUACUUAUGGAACUAUACUCAACUCGAUGCGGUCAACCAUCCGAAGUACUGGUGAUUCAGUGGGUGGGGGCCCUCUUACUUCAGUCCUCAGCAUGCUUAUUACAGGAGGUAGCUUAAGCGGUGGCGGCUUGAGACAGGAACCACAGCUAACCGCUUAUGAAAUGUUCGAUGUUUACAUGAAGCCAUUCUCUCUUUAGCAGCCCUAGGUUUAUCUACAUUUUUUGUUCAUAAUAGCAAUCAUUCGCCUGUCAUUUCCUUCUAAUUUACUGAUUUUUGUGUUCGCUGUGAAGGACCUGUUUAUCUAUUCUGUGUGAACCACCAUUCAUUAGAAAAACGGCUAUGUACAUAAUUUUAUGGAGUUUUCUGAAGAAAUUUAUUCGAGUCAGUUUAUUUA